CACGCGGAAGUAAAGCCGUUCAUGGCGCGCAAUAAAGAAGUGGAAGCGCUGGGAAAAGUAAUGAGAGAAUCAUGUCAAGGUUCCUGCGAGCGGUUCAGAAUGAUCUACCGAAGAAAGAAAAAGUGGAGCUUUUAGAGCACGACCUCAAGAAAUGUGGACUAACAGGAGUGAAGCUAAGGUCGUACCAGCUGGACGGCGUGCGCUGGCUCGCUCAGUGUAUGAAGACUCUGGACGGCUGCAUUCUGGGGGAUGAAAUGGGUUUGGGUAAAACAUGUCAGGCCAUCAGCUUGAUGUUAUACGCUCAAGGACGUCUCCGCGUGAAGGGUCCCUUCAUGGUGCUCUGUCCUCUGACAGUAAUGGACAGCUGGAUGCAAGAGCUAAAGAAUAUCUGUCCCAGUCUGAGGGUAAUGUGUUACGCGGGUGAUAAAAAACAAAGAGCUGAGCUGCAGAGGGACAUGGAGGACAAUCAUCCUGACAUCUUCCUGACUUAUUACCAGACAUGCCAGAGUGAUGCAUCAAUAUUAAAAAGGUGGAAGUGGAACAUGCUGGUUGUGGAUGAGGCUCAACGACUGAAAAAUGAAAAUUCUAAACUUUACCAAGCCCUUACAGAGUUCUCUCUGGGCUUCAGGCUUUUGCUAACUGGAACUCCCAUCCAGAACAAUCUUCAGGAGGUCUAUUCGCUCCUCAGCUUUAUCCAGCCUGAUGUUUUCCCACCUGACGCUUCAACAGAGUUUGUUAGGGCCUAUACAGAUGUACAGACUCAAAGCUCAACAGCUAAGGAGCUCCACCAGGUUCUCCAGCCCUUUUUGCUGCGCAGGGUGAAGGCAGAGGUGGAGACGGAACUGCCUAAGAAAAUCGAGUUGGUGGUUUAUCACGGGAUGUCUGCACUUCAAAAGAAGUUCUACAAAGCUAUCCUGAUGAAGGAUCUGACUGUGUUCGGGAGCAAUCAAGGCAAUGAGAACCGUCUACUGAACAUCCUGAUGCAGCUGAGGAAGUGUGUGGCUCAUCCCUACCUGUUCAAGGGUGUGGAGCCUGAGCCCUUUGAGAUUGGUGAACACUUGGUAGAGGCGAGUGGGAAGCUGACCCUGCUCGACCCUAUGCUCGCCCACCUGUUCAAGGAGGGUCACAGGGUUCUGCUGUUCUCUCAAAUGACGAGUAUGUUGGACAUUGUGCAGGACUACCUGGAGUACCGAGGUUACAGCUACGAGCGUCUGGACGGCUCGGUGCGAGGAGAGGAGCGCUUUGUCGCAGUCAACAACUUCAAGGCCGAAGAUGUCUUCAUCUUCCUGCUCAGCACUAAAGCUGGCGGGGUUGGUUUGACCCUGACAGCAGCCGACACUGUAAUCUUCUUGGACAGCGAUUUUAAUCCGCAGAACGACGUGCAAGCGGCAGCGAGAGCGCACCGGAUCGGACAGAAGAGGCCUGUGAAAGUCAUCCGGCUGCUGGCGAGAGACACGGUGGAGGAGAUCAUUUACUCUCGCGCUGUCUCCAAACUCAAUCUCACCAACACUGUGAUCGAGGAGGGAAAGUUCUCUCUGCUGAACAAACGUCAGGCCGCCGCUGCUGAUCAGAUGCAGUUAAGUGAGAUCCUGAGGUUUGGAGUCCACAAGCUGCUGUCGUCAGAUGAGAGCUCGAUUCAGCAAGUGAACGUCGCGCAGAUCCUGGGAGAGACACGAGACGGCAAGUGGGUGAUCAAGGAGGAGCUCGUCAGGUCUGCUGAGGAAGAGGAGGAUGAAGAUCAUCCAGAUCACAUGUACUACUUCGAGGGGAAGGACUACUCCAAAAUCCCCAGCGUGGAGGACGAGAAAAGGUUCAAACUCAUGGUGCAGGAGCACUCGGCUCCCCAGGAGCAUGCUGGGAAAGCAGGCCGCAGUCUUCGCCACAAAGUCGGAGUUUUAUUCCCUCUACCUUUACCCUCGCCAAUGAGACCCAAGAGGCCGCUGACGGAGUCCGAGCUGGAAGAGCGUCGCCGGAAGAGAGAGGAAGCUGCUGCUAAAAGAGCCAAGCUGCAGGAAGAGAAGAAGAAACAGCGCGAGGAGAAAAAAUACAAGAGGAAGAUGGCCUGGUGGGAAUCAUCUGGGUAUAAAUCGCUGUGCCUGCCCUCUGCUGAUAGUGAAGGUGAAGAUGUGGAUGAAGAAGAUGAUGAUGACAUCAGCAGUGUGAACUCUACAGACUCGGAUGACGCGGCGAUUCAUUACGUCCUCGGUGACGUCACACAACCUCAGGCCGACCGCAAAGACGCCAUUAUUGUACACUGUGUGGAUGAUUCUGGACACUGGGGGAAAGGUGGAUUGUUUACGGCUCUGGAGAUCCGAACAGAUGAGGCGAAGAAACAGUACGAACUUGCGGGAGACAUGGAAGAUUUGGAGCUCGGGAACGUGCUGCUGUUUUCCAUUGACGACAAGCUGACGAGACCGAGCGGAAGAGACUAUCUGGCUCUGAUAGUCGCCCAGAAACGAGACAAAGCCAACAAGCUGUCAGGGAUUUACCUGACCGCCCUGGACGAGGGGCUCAAGAAGAUCUACAGAGCUGCCAAGCAGAAAAAAGCAAGCGUCCACCUUCCCCGAAUCGGCCAUGCCACCAAGGGCUUCAACUGGUACGGCACAGAGAGACUGAUACGCAAGCACUUGGCCUCCCGGGGAGUCCCCACCUUCAUCUACUACUUCAAGCGCCCGACUUCUCACCCCACUCCGGCGGUCCCUUCUACCUCGGGCUCAGGGUCCGGUCCCCCAGCACAAGUCUCUCCCGGCUCCUCGUGUUCCCUCAGUCCUCCCACGUCCCCAGAAGGUCCAAGCACGUCACAGCAGGGUGGAGAAGCUUCCGGUUUGGACGAUUUUAUGAGAGGAGUCCACGUGUUCUUCUACAACGUCGGCGCAAUGGAGAAAAAAACACUUACACGAUACCUUAUUACAUAUGACGGCGAUGAAGAGGAUCUCAUGUGCUCACAGGUCACUCACAUUGUGGCUGAAGUGGAAACUCCAGUUCAUAUUCAGGAAUUACAGGAUCUGUGUCAGCAGUAUCCUAAUGCGCUCCUUGUGAAGACGAAGUGGCUCGAGUCUUGCUUCGCCAACCAGAAAAAAGUCGGAGCUUCCAAGUUCAUUCAUCACUUCAAAUAAAUACAUAAAUUCUUUUAAAGUUGGCAAGUCCAAAAUGUAAUUACCUCUGUGCCGGUGAAUCUUGGAUUUUAAAAGACAAAUUAAAUCAAACAUUUAUAAACUUCUCUCUCUUCUGUUUUCUCAACACUUGGCUCAUUUAUGUACACUUUCAUAUUGGAUAUUAGAGCUUUUCAUUGGUUACUGGCUUUUCAGACAUCAUGUACAGUAUAUAAUUUGUGAGGGUGCCAAUAGUUUUGGAGUGCUGGAAAACAAAACGUUAAAAUAAAGCUAUAAAACAGU